AGACAUCUUUAUUACAGUACUGAGCGUUGUAUAUAUCACAUUGUUUAAUUUGUUUCUCUGCAAUGGAUAUUACAGCACAUAUCCAUGAAUCCCAAGUUCCUACCUCCCCAGAUUCCGGCAAUGGCGGCUUUCCGAUGAUCGCCAUUGCGCUGUUGGGCAUCAUGGCCACCGGUUUCUUGCUCGUCAGCUACUAUUUGUUCGUAACCAAGUGCUGUUUCCGGUGGCCACAGAUUGAUCCGUUGCGGCGGCGCCGCCGUGAAGAGGCGGCGGCGUUGGUGUCGUCGUAUUCGCCGUCGUUGCAGAGCCGGGGGCUGGAUGAGCUGCUGAUACGCGAAAUCCCGACGGUGCAGUACGGCGGCGGCGGCGGGGAGCGGAGUUUCCGGCGGUGCGCGGUGUGUUUGAGUGAGUUUCAGGCGCGGGAAACGCUCCGGGUUCUUCCCAAAUGCGACCACGCGUUUCAUUCGGAUUGCAUCGAUAUAUGGCUUCAGAACAACGCCACUUGCCCGCUCUGCAGAACCAGCAUCGCCGCCGGAAAAUCAAGAACGCCGCCGCUUGAUCGGAUCAUCGCCCCCAACUCCUCCCCGCAAGAUCCCCGCCCGUUCCCCGGAAGCGCGGCGGCCAGCGACGACGACUUGGUGGUGAUUGAGCUGGCCGGAGAUGACGGCACGACCGCCGCGUCGCCGCCGCAGACGGCGGCGCAGAGAAGCGAGUCGCGGCGGAGCUUGCUGCAUUCGUCAAGAAAACCGAAACCCAGAAAGCUCCACAGCGCUUCAAUCAUGGGGGACGAGUGCAUUGACGUGAGAGAGAAAGAUUCCCAAUUCUCCAUCCAACCCAUAAGAAGAUCCUUCUCCAUGGAUUCUGCAGCAGACAGACAUGUUUAUCUGUCGGUCCAAGAAAUCCUGAGACAGAUCGGACAUGUGGACGAGGUUAGAAACAGCGGUGAAUCGAGUAGCAGCAGGAUGCAUAGAUCCAUCUUCUCAUUUGGACAUGGAAGAGGAUCAAGAAGUGCCAUUCUUCCCAUUCAAUAUUAGCAGUAGUAGUAGUUGAAAGAAAACUGUAAACAAUGUAGUUUUAGCCCAAACUUACAGAUAAAAUCUUUUUUAUUUUUACCAUUC